AUGACGGUCGCGGUGCUCUUGGGUGCCAUCGCCCUCCUGGGUGGUGCUGCUGCUCAGAUCCCCAAAACCACUUUCGGCAGGAACCUCACGCACAUCACACCGACGCUCUAUUUCAACAUCACUAUCCCAGCGUCUGACGGCAGCAUGGACUGGCAACCGACGUAUACAAACUCGAGUUUGUGGUCCAUCUCGUUCUCUGGGUCGCCUGACAGCACCUAUGUUCCGGGCAUGAUGGGUGUGGGCGAGGCGACGAUGACGGCCUUGGGUUUCCAGUCGCGCAUCGUUAGCAACAGCAGCACCUCCAUCAAUGACACGACUUUCGUUCCGUGGCCGUCACUGCGGCAAACAUUUGUUGGCUCGGGCUUCUACCUCCACGGCUCGACGAGUAAUGGGACGAUCAAAGCAGAGAACGUGGCGUACGAAGUCGUGGACCAGGAGAACUUGCACGGCGACCUGCUGUGCGCGGCAAGCGCUCUUCCAUGGGGAUACUACCCUAUGGAAUACACGGUUGUCGACGGCCCGGUCAGCAUCACAGGCAUGACGAUAACGACAGGACUUAAGACUCAAGCCCCCACGAUGGACGAGGUCAAGGUCAAGUCGGCGAAUUUCAUCUUGGACGACGGCACGUUCAACGCGGUCGACUUCUUGUAUGGCCGGGGUUCUGACUGGGUUGUGGACCCGGGAAUUGGAGGCGUCAACGGACAGCCAUUCGUGUCCUACCCGACUAUCCGCCCCGGGCGCCAGCCGGCAGGCCAGUUUCAACAGAUUCUCGUCCCCGUCCCCGCCAACACGUCCUUCUUCAUGAUCAACGGCACCACCGGUCCCGAUCGGGACAUUUUGGGCGUGGGCUUUAAUGUGGACCCACCAGAGCAGACGUCCAUCUUCUAUGGUGUGAACGCGACCACGAAGUGGGUCACUCCUGGUAUUCUUUACUGGGCGCCAUUGGACCCGGCCGUCCAGUACAAUCUCACCUUGCAAGGCAACGAAAUCCAUGGCGGUAACAUCAGCCUCCACAGCGUUACGUUCUACUCUGGCUUGUGGGGAGACGGAAGCGUCAACGCGUCCGCGGUUGGUGACAAUCCCAAGAAGAAGAGCAACACGGGGGCCAUUGUCGGAGGCGUUAUCGGCGGAGUCGUUGGACUCGGCUUGCUCGGCAUGCUCGCGUUCUGGCUAUACCAUCGACGCGCUGCCGACAAUGCGGAGAAGAAGAAAUGGGCCGUCAAUCCUGAUCAAGCGGUGUACGAGAAGCCUAACACCGGAUCUGACCCGAUCGUCUUGGGUAUGUCCGAUCUGUUGCCUCCCUUUGCCAUGGCUGAUAUCUUGGUAGCCGAGCUGCCAAGACGAGACCCAGACGGCGACCACUUGCUGUCCGACGGCCCAUGGUCACCGACGGACACGACAGAUCCAUCCGAGUUAAGCUCGGGAGGCGUUCCAAAGGGCCCGCGAGCGUUGCCGGCCGUCCCCCAGCCAUCUGCGACGCCAGCCGUCGAGCUGCUACCUCCAUCAUACAACCCGCAGUGGAGCGGCGGUACUCCCAGAACGUAG